AUGUCAAAACGUCGAUUUUCUAACGCCAGUAGCGAUACUUUGGUCCUCGAAGGUGAAGCUCGUAGCAGUCGCCUUCGCACUGUAAGUCCUCAAAGAACACGAGUUAUUGUCAAUUUUGAUGACCAACCUUCGACCAAACUCAUCGUACCUGUCACUUCAGCUACUACUAUCAAUGAUUUACAGAGCUUAAUCUUCAAUCAUGCUGAGAGAAUCCAACUCAAGCUCCCUGAGGAUAGAAUAGUACUCCGUCUUGAAGGUGAAGAUGGCCCCAUCACAUUCUCAGAAGAUACCAUUGAAGAUAUCUUCGGGGAUGCAGACCCAAAAUUAAUUUGGGUCACAGCGGCUCCCAAAGUUGCUGAUCGUGGCGCCGAGUUUAUCUACGUACGAUGGAUCACACUAGGAAGAGCGCUUGAUCAUGUCUCGCUAUCCGAUAUCGAGACAGAUGAGGAGCCAUUAACUCGUGGAAUGACGGUGAAUGAGAUCAUAGCUGUUGCAAAGAAUCGCGUCUUUGGAGCUGCAGGAGAUGAGGUGACUCCAGCACCAGGCUUCAACAUCGGUUUGUGGUUCAAUAAGGCGUGUGAAGAUACUUCAGUAUGGGCAUUAGGGACCGAUACACCCGAAAAACUCGGUUUGACUGGCAGUCUUGAGAAUCCAUUGGAUAUUUUCCUAGUCUUGAUCAACGAAGACAAUCAAAAUCCGAAUCUUCGAUAUGGAUUCCGUUGCUCACUUCGAAGCAUGGCUACAUUUGAAACAUGCCUCAAGGUGCUGAUAUCAGCAGCAAGUUUCCGUCCAUACUUGAUUCCCCGUCUACUACAGCGCAUGAUACUGGUCACGAAUAUUGGCGAGGCUAAGAAUUGCCUUGAGAGCUCUCUGAAGAUGAUGGCAGUUCCGGAAGCAAAAAAGACCAUCUUGGCAAACUGUUUCCGUGAAAUUGCGCUUAGGAUGGUUCCUGGUGUCUUUAUCGGACAUAAAAUCGAGUCGGUCCUUGAGGGCUCCAGGCAAAUAUUUGCUUGGAUGUUCAGCGAUAUACUCGAAGAGGAUUUCAAACCUGUCAAAGGGAAACGCAUGCCAAUCCCUGCGACCGACGACUUCCGGAAAAUCAUCAAUGUUUGUAACAGUUCUCAACAUUUUCGGAUGCUAUCGCCCCUCCAGUUAGACGGAAGAGAGAAUUCGGGUAUCUCGUUGUCUAAGGCGGGAUAUGUUUCGCAAUAUACUCAAAAUUCUGAUGAAAUUUCGCAGCCGAGACUCGAAAAUGUGGUCACAGGCUUCGAAACUUUACAAUCAAGACCGGGACAGAGUCUCCUUCAAGCUCUGCAAUCAGUAAUUUCACAAAGAAUAAUGGAGGGUACGUGGGAGAUUGACGAUUGGGAGCGGAUCGAAUCAAGCUCAUCGGCCACGAACCCUGGACCUGAUGAAGCAAUCGUUAUUUGUUUGGACAAGAGCAUCAGCAUGCAAGCUUCACUCGGAAAUGAUUGGAUUGGAAAUGGUCAAAUUAAUACGCUCAACCGAUUCGACGAAGCCAAGCAAGUUUUUCGAAAUGUGGUCUCACGAUUGUCUGCUUAUCACUUGAACGUCCAUGUAGGUCUAGUUACAUUCGGGUCAAAAGCAGAGCAGGAAGCUCAAAUUUCUCCUAUCAGCAAAGAAUUCAAGAAUAAACUAGAAAACACUCAGGCAACUGACCACAGGACAUCGCUGUUCGAUGUCUUACACGUCGCCCAUUCUAAGCUCGUUUCUCACCAAGAGCAGUAUCCUAAAUCCGAAAUGAAGCUUCGCAUCAUCGCAUUAACCGAUGGCGAGGAUAACAAUUCCAUUUCAACUGCUGAAGAGAUUCGUGCGAUGUUUUACGAAGAUGAUAUUGUCCUUGAUUCAAUCGUCAUAGGUGGCUCCUCGUCUGAGGAUCUUUUCAAGAUAUCAAAGUAUACGGGCGGCUAUGCCUUCAAACCAACAUCACGAAUGCUUUUGUUCCAGACUUUCCUCCUCGAGCCAUUCCUGGAUAUACUUGCUAGACCAGAUAUUGUCAAAAUCCCACUUGAUGACUAUGAAUCAUCGCUGCCAAAAGAGGCUGACAUGAAAACAAUUCAUGACUUUCCGCCUUGUCGUCCACAUCAAUUACAGGAUGGUGGGUUUGUCUCGCUUGACGCAGCAACACGCCAAUUGGCUGGAAACUCGUCUUCGCUUCUUGAAACUUCCCGCAUGUCGGCUUCUGCUGAACCUGCCAAUAGAUCGACAGGACGACUAUUUCUUGACGAGAUGAGACUCAUGAUUGCAAAUCCUCAUGCAUCGAUGGAUGUUUAUGUCAGUGAAGUAGAUAUGGCUUUCUGGAAGAUUGUAAUGUCAGGACCAGCAUCCACAGCCUAUUCCGAAGGCACUUUUUCCUUGUUUAUUCAUAUGACAGAUACAUGUCCCCAAAAGGCACCGGCCGUCCGCUUCAUCACACCAGUACUUCAUCCAAAUGUAUCCAAGUAUGGUAGGAUAUGUCACGAAAUUUUUGAUGAUGGAUGGAAGUCAAGCUUUCACAUUCACGACAUCUUGAAGGCUAUCUUCACUCUAUUCGAGAAUCCAAAAGCUAGUUGCGAUGCUGCUAUUGAUGAGCUAGCAACACUGAAGUUCUGGACCGACCGGGCGACAGCUGAUGCGGAAAUCAAGAAAUAUGUCACCAGAUUUGCCACACGUACUAGAGUUCAAUGGAAGAGAGAAAUGGAAUCGAAAGGUUGA